AUGUCGUUAUCAAAUGCAACUGUUGCUGAGAUUAAUGCUCUCCGCUACGGUAAUAUGAUCUUUUUUGAGUUUUGGUCUUAUUCAUUAAUAUGUCUUGGCAUUAUUGGUCAUUCAUUGAAUAUUUAUGUGUUUACACGUCCAAUACUUCGUUCAAAUCCAUGCACACGUUAUUUUUUAGCAGUAACAAUAACUGGUAGUUUCGUUACAAUCUUUAAUAUGCCGUUGCGACUUAUCCAGCUUAUGUAUCCAGCUUAUAAUCCUUUCGGAUACUCAAUAGCAUCAUGCAAAAUUCUUUCAUUUAUUGUCAUGUGUGCACGAGCGUUCCCGUGUUGGUUUAUUGCUCUUGCUUCCAUCGAUCGAUUUUUAUGCAGUUCAACAUCUGCUACUAUACGAGGAUGGAGUAGUCGUCGUGUUGCCACCCGUGCUAUUUUAGUUGUCACUAUAAUUGUGCCUCUUUUUUACCUUUACGUGCCAAUUAUAUUUCAAAAUAUAGAAACAGUCACAAAAUGUCCACUAGCUCAAACUACGUUUCCACUUUUUAAUGGUAUCUGGAAUUUAUUGAUAUUUAGUUUGGGUCCAUCAACAGUUAUGCUUAUUUUUGGAUUACUUACUAUUCAACAUGUUCAGCAAUCAGGAAAAAGAAUUGUAUCGCAAAAUAUUCAAGUUCAAAAUCAAACUGAAUCGAUAACACCCGCGCAACAAGAACAGUUGAAACGUCAAAAGACAACUGAUCGACAAUUAUUACAAAUGAUGCUUGUUCAAUGUGUCUACUUUAGUUUGUGGUCAACUCCUAUUUCAGUCUUGUACAUCUAUACUGCACUAAGAAUUAAUGUAGUGCCAGAUGCUCUUCAACUUGCCAAAGAUUCUUUAUUUACGAACAUCACUGGUGUAUUGUCUGGUACAAGUGCAUGUACAAGUUUCUAUGUUUUUACAUUAUCGAGUCGAUUAUUUCGUCGUGAAAUUAUGGAACUAUUUAAAUGUCAAUGGCGAUCGAAUCAAACCAUUGCAACUGGUCCAGGAUCAAGACAAAGAAAUUAA